AUGAUAGGUGUGAGCAAUAUCACAAAUAGAACAGAUCCAAACAGCAUGAAAUCACGUGUUUUUGUGGGGAAUCUUAAUACAGUACAUAUGUCAAAAACAGAAUUGGAAUCGAUAUUUUCUAAAUAUGGGGCAGUUGUUGGGAUAUCCGUACAUAAGGGAUACGCCUUCAUUCAAUACGCGAGCGAGACUAAUGCACGUGCUGCGGUUAUUGGUGAAGACUCAAAGACAUACUACAACAUGGUCCUAGAUGUGACUAUAGCGUCCGAGCCAAAGAAUCGCAAACGGGGAAGGUCAAAUCCGGCAUCUUCGCUACCGUCUUGGAAUGGUUUAACGAGUACAAACCUUUCAGAGCUCGCUUUACAGGCCCAGGCUUUGAGCACUAUUGCUGGAAAUUCUGUCCUGUCAUUGCAGCAGUUUGGUCUUGAAGGAAUCAUGGGUCAGCCUAAUCUCGUUAACUUUGCUGCAGCAGCAAGUUCGGUUUUCCACACCCCAUCACUCGCUGGUCUAAGUGUUUCUACACCCCAGGUACCAGCUACCGCGGGGAAUCCACGUCAAAAAUAUACAAGAACGUCCAAUAACACGACGACAUCUACAGCAACUCAUAACUCUGUUGCUGCUAAGCGUACUCGCCUAGAAGGUGUUUUAGGUAGUACCACGAAUAACGCUUCCAAUUCUAAUUCUUCGUUACCCGCUGGGGCAAGAGGACAGAAUCUAGUCUCACUUGUUUCUGCAACAGAUAACCUUGUACCUCCGGCUAGUCGUCGCCAAGUGGCAAACUCGGGUCCCGCUCGUUCUGUGUCAGAUCAGGCAACUAACAAUACUGCAGCACGUAAUCGUGUUGUUACGUCUGCACCUUCUCGUCCUACAAAUACAGUUACGCCCAGCGCAAGUCAAAAUUCACAAACAACUGGUAAGAAAUCUCCCGUUACUCGCCCAAGUCGUCCAAAAACUUCAAACCAUUCACUCGAAGUCGACCAUUCACCAGCUCAAAAAUCAAGUCGCACAGGCUCGUCAACGAAAAGUAGCAGUCCCCAGUCAGGUGUUCAGUUGCAUUCAGAGGAUAUUCUUAUAUGUGGACGAUGUCGCCGUUUAUUUGAACAAGUCGACGAACUUAUUUCACAUAAAAUGGCCGGUUGCAGUUUAGAUAAAGAUACUGGGAGUAAUUGUAAUUGUCGAGCUGCUGGCGAACCAGAAACUCUAGAAUGUGCAUAUUGUGGUGCAAACUUUUCUACUGCUUGGGGACUUAUGCAUCAUUGUCAUACUGAUCAUUUUCUAACUAUAUAUGCCCUUCCUUCUCCUCCUGAAUCACCAUGUACAUCAUCCAAUUCUCUUUCUUCGCCAUGCUCAAGUAUGUCACGUCGAUAUCGUGACGGCAGAAGUGAGGAUUGUUCUGAAAAAUCUGCAAAAUCUAGUUCUCACUCUGAAAAUUCAGAUCAUCAUAAAGGUAUGCAUUCCACAACAACUGCAGCACAAAAUAUAAAGCGUGAAAAUUCUGUCAGCGAUAACUCUCAUUCUUCUGGUCAUCAAAAGAUUGAUGAAACAAAUGAAACUAGUGACUGGGAUGCUGAGGAUGAAGAUGAUGACAAUCAUGAACAAGAUGGCAGCGAGACUCCGACUAUAGAAUCAGCUCAUAAAAAUCAUUGUAGCACGCCUAGUUCGUCAAGAGAUCAUUCACUUGAUCGAUCGGCUACACGGUCUGCAAACGGUUGUUCAGAUUCUGAAGAAUCCAAUGAAAUUUGUAAUAAGAGGAUGCUUAAGAAGUCUUCUCCACCAUGUCCCCGUAGAAGUCGAGGUUCUGAAUACGGUCGUCAUGAGACUGUAGAAGACGAUGAUUAUGCAGAUGAUGAUUCAGAGUCUGGUAACGUAGAAGCUGAUUAAUUUCUAAGGUAUGUGAUAGCUGGUAUUUUAUUGGUUGGUUUUGUUUCCUGUCGAUGUUCAACUUCGUAUAAUGAACACUAUUCAACGAUAACUAGUAAUCAGGUUUUGUGUGUUUGUGAUGAUAGUGCUAUGUUUGCAGUUGGGUUGUAUGGUUUCACAGUUUUGCCAAAGUAUGUUAGUUAAUUAAGGUUAAACGUAACGCUCAUUCGUAAGACAAGAUAUCUGUCCGUAGUUGCACACUAUAUUUGCAUGUGCUUCAAGAGGGAUUUCAGUAAUAAAGUAGCAAAAUACAAAUAAUCCUCUUAAAUACUCCCAAACUGCACAAAAUUACUUGAAUUCGUAGUCGUUUGCUUUUUUAAUGAAUAUUUUAUUACUUCCUAAGUGCGUCGGUGGCACAGUUGUUAGGACUCUCGCCGACCAUGCACAUGGUCCGGGGUUCGAGCCCGCACCGACGCACAUCUGAUAUCUAUGGUCGGCCUGCAAAAUUUGGGCUACCGAUAUCCAUGCUGAAAAUUCCAUACUUGUACCGAAAAUACAGUGUGGAAUCAAGCUGUAAAUCAAAAAUCAAAUUUAUCAAUAAAAUGGUCGUAAAUGUCAGCUUCUCAGAUGGACUUUGAUCUGAAAAUACAGUCUACACCAAAAUCAAGGACUAGACUCAUGACAAGAGGUCAUUUGGGAGCCCGAACAACUCAUUGGUAAAGUCUGUGACUGCAACACUGACUAGUGCCUGUUCGAAUCUCAGAGGAGAUACUAGUUUCUAUAAGGUUACGGUUAUUCUUUGCUGGUGAGUGCCAGUGACCACGAUACUUAAGCCUAGGGCUUCCUGCCGAUUACCUCCAACCAUCUAACAUCAACUGACAAUGCAACAUAAAUAAUGGCCAGUCUCUCAGCUUGGUAACCACAUUGCAAACUUGAUUAAUAGAUAGAAUUCAGUCUACACUAAUAACGAAGACAAUAUGGCAACUCAAAUAGACCCAUCACUUUUCACUAUACAACCUCGCCACAGCGACUGGCUUUAUUGUCAGGUUUUAUUCAACACCUCCAAUUCACCCGGUUUCCUCUAUCGACAUCGCAACGCUUGAUUUAAUAAUUUUGGGCCAAAUUUGCCUAAGGCGCGCUUAUUAAGUGGAUUUGAAGAAGCGUCCUGCGAUUUGUAUUACUUCAGAUAACCAGAAAAAGCUGCAAAAUGAUCACCAUCAGUUUAAGUAUUGAGUUUCAGAAUCGUAUAGCCUUUCUUAUCCCACUUAAGAGGAUGUGAGGUAACAACAGAUACUACCCCAAAAUAAAUAUUGUUCAUCAUGUGGUGCUAUGUUAUGAGCUGACCAACUCUCUUCUUAAGGUCAAUCAUAGGGAUGACAAAUAGUAAACAAUACCGAAUCACCUGAGACAAAGUUUAUAAUAAGUCGUAUUCAAACCACCGCACCUUUCUUUCCCAAUCGGUCAUCAUCGGACACAAGUAAUCCUACUAAGACUUCGGCCUGUCAGGCAUUCUUAUUUGUGGUAGACAGUUUUAAAGGUUUAGAGCAAGCUACGCUCAAAGGUGUGUGAUGAGUCGUAUCUUCGACUGCCAGACCAACAUUUCCAUAGUGUCAAAGAUUAUCCACACCAGGAUAUACUACCGUAGCUUUCGAUACGCAAUCAGAAAUCUUAUUUGUCACACUAGUGCGCACAACUAUCCAGAUGUUAUAGACUUUUCGACUACUUCUAACUGUUGACCUAUUGCUAGAAUGUGUGUGUGUGUAGGCUUCUUACCAAUUUUAAAACACUAUUUGCCAGUUGAACUAGACAAAACACAUACCAUACCUGGACUAACGGUCAUCUGACUAAAUGUCAUUUAGGUGGCCUGUAUGUUAAUUCACAGCAUAUACUGCAAGCCAAGAGUAGCAUAUAUCUAAACCAUCUCCACAUACAUCUGUCAUAUUACUACGUGUAAAGAUCAAAAGGAGGAGUAACCGAGCCAAUACUUACAUUCUCUUUACAUUGUAACAAUAUAAAUUCAGAUGCAUGUAAAUCACCACUAAAGGUGGUGAAUAUCUUGAUGUAAACAUUUCUUUAAGAAUAUUAUUAACACUAUAUGCAAAUAAAGUUUCCAUUUUAAAAAAAAAGUAAUGAGCGACGUGUAGCUGAGUUUAAGUGCUGAGUAGUCUUCUCCAAUCAUCUGUCCCAGGGCCUGUGAACUAGUUAUAUAUUAGUUAUUGAAUUACCUUUUUUUCCUCUCAUUUAAUCAUGGCUACUGAGGUAAAUACCUAUGGUAUAUUCACCUUCAUGCAGUAAUAAGCUUCAGUUUUAUGACUAAGACCAUGUCUCCAGGAAACGAGAUGUCCUGGUGUGUGUCUGUGUGUACAUAUGUGUAAUGUACAGUGUUUAACCGGGAGAGCGAUAAUCUAAGCGGAUUUUUCCGUUUUAAAGGGAUGAGCUAAUAACAUUGCAUAAAUAGUACUACCAAAUCGGGUCUUGUAUUCAUUAUCAGCACAGCGCGGAUGAUUUCCUUGUUUUCUGAAAUUGUACCGAGUCGUAGACUUUUAACUUUUUUUUUAACUAAACUCUGCUGUUCUUCAAUUUUGUCAUUUGUCACGUACUGCAUACUUGAAUUUUGUUUUAUGUUUCACACUGUGUGAUCUAUGAUAUAAGGACAGAAAAUCUUAGACACUUAGUUAGGUUCUUUUCAUUUAAACGAGUGCAAAUGAGUGUGCAUAUGUGAGGUGUUUUCUUUUUCGUUGUUUUUGUUUCGUUUUUGAAAAGUCACUUUUCAAACCUUAUUGUGUUUGUGUAGUAGAAGUAGUAGUCUUAGUGUGUGUAGUGGUGGCUGUGAUUUUGACCGAAAAACUACAUUUUUGUCUCCCUUGUCCAAUAUUUUUUUGUACAACCAAAAAUUAUCUGUACGUUUAUUUGACAAUGUCAAACAAUGAACAUACUCUUUUUUUCGCAUAGUAAUCAUGAAAUAUAAUUCAUACUGAUCAUGAUUUUUUAUUAUCUUCUAGUUUUCUGGGUUAUUUUUGUAUUUAUGGAGUGUUCACAGUUUUGUCUUAAAAGAUAUUGUGAGGUGUGUGGAAUGUGAAUUUUGUUUGCGGAGAAAAGUAGUAUUUGCAAGGUGUUAUCGCGCAUAGUAUAUAGCAAAAGGCCACAAUGGAUACUCCAGUCGUGUUGAAAAAGUCUGUAGAAUACCUCUAAAACAGCCAAAUGUAACAGUUGUUUUGCUUAGAUUAAAGCGUCUGUGGCACAGUGGUUAGUACUCUCACCGACCAUGCGCAUGGUCCGAGGUUCGAUCCCUCGGCGACGAACACCUGGUAUCUAUGGUCGGCCUGCGAAAUUCGGGCUACCGAUAUCACAUGCUGAAAAUUUCAUACUUGUACCAAGAAUACGGCGUGGAAUCAAGCUGUAAUAAAAAAAAAAUCAAAAAAAAUUAGGCACGCAGUAUACAAAAUCACAUGGGAAUAACUGCCUCAGAAAAUUCCAGUUGUAAUUGACCACCUCUAUUCUACCUGUUCAAGCUGUCGGCCUUUUAAAAGGUUCAGUAUCCUGUGGAACAGUUUGCACUGCCUUAAUUUAUAACCACAUAGGUGAUUUCGUCUCAUCGGCCUUUCUGUCAUCUUCAAUUAAUUUAGCCUUAUAUAUUAGGUAUGACAAGUCACCCCCAUGUUAGUGCAAUCCAGUGCUAAGUGAAGUAGGACUAGGUUUUAGGUAAGGGCCAAUCGUACCAGUGUGUAAAGCUUUUUAACGUUGGUUUUAGUUACUUAUUGCUGGCCUUGUCUUCUUAGCUUGAAUUUUUGACAAUCAAAAACUUAACACUUGUUGAUUUUCCUCAAGUUUGAUUACGAGCUGAGGUCAGUCAGAGAAUCACUGGGAAACCAGGGCAUACUUGGACAGCCGUUUCGUCCUAGCUUGAGACUCGUCAUCAGUACUUUGUCAGCUCGUGAUCAGAUCUGUAACUAAUCAAAUCCCUGUAAAACAACACGUGAUAACUAGUUUGAUGCUCACUAGCGACUGGCCUUAUACAGGAAGUUUCCUGGAGUCCCGGUGAGAAUUCAUGACCAAUAGGGUCCACUAAGUCAGGUGGGAGAACGGUUACCGGCUAUGACACUGGCUGGUGGUCGUGCUAUAUUAUGUAUCGUGAAUAGGCAAAAGUUGGAAUUUAUAAGGUAUUUGAUUGGGUCCCAGUGGUUUGGUGUUCUACUAACUUGCUUCCAAACUGGAAGUUCUUGUGUUCCAACCCAUGUGGGUGCUGACAUGCGAAGAGUCCGAAAAUGGGACGAAACAAGCUAUUGAGUACUCCUUUGUUUUCCAGUGGUUUUCUAACUGAUGUCAGCUUGUUACGAAAUAUGUAGCCAGUCAAAUUUUGUCUAAAAUCGACUGUAAUAGUUCGGAUUUUUAAAAUUUUGAACAUGUUGUGUGACUACUAUUCCUUUUAGUUAUCCAUUAAUCGUGUUUAUUAUUCAUUAUAGUCAUUAUCCCCUUCUUAUUUGAUUUUUAUGAUCUGCCUCUGGAUCUGAACUUAAACUGUGUCCCACGUUAAUUCUGUCAAUCUGUUGAUGAUGCAGGACUUUAGUUUCGUUUCAAUGCUGAAAAGUAAACAAGUCAGUAGUCACACAGCCUUUGACUUAAGCAUUUUGAAGGAACCUAUGUCUCAAGUAACUUUCAACACUUUCGAUUUUACUUCACCUACGUCGUGUUCAAAAAAUAAUGUAUGAAAUUAGUAAGUGAAGAUAAGAUUGACAGUUAUUUUUUCAUGUUCUCCAGUACUUUGUUAUUUGGUUGUGGAUGUUUCAACAGCAGAUUUGAUAAUGGCAUUGUUCCGAGUGGAGUAUGCGCUUUCAGCAGAUCAUCUCUAUUGUACUAUUGGUUCUCUGCCAUCAUUUACACCUAGAUUCACGAGUACCCAUAAGCUUCCACAUUUCCUCCUCACAUGAUCUUCAGACCACCUACGAACAUACUCUACUUUACUCCUGCCAUUCGGGUUCCACUCGACAAUUUCGGAUGUCUCCCCAGAGUAUUUCCAAAUAAUUUUCAUUCUCUCUUGCAUAUUUCUUAGGCAAUAGGUUGUUAGCAAGUUGACUGACUUCCCGAGUUUCUUACCGGUCAUCUGAUCUGAUCUACAGUAUCAAGCCAGCUGUGCGAUAAAAGUUUGCAUAAAUUUUAGAAAAAAAACUAAAAAAAAUUAGCUAUUUCGUUAGGUGUUUCUCACAAAAGUGUAAUGGUGAAUGUGAAUAUCUCCCACAUACAACUGAACUGGUAGACAUGCAGGUCUACCUAGGGAUGCUGCAAGAUCCUAACUCCAAGCUCCAGAAUCCGAAAGGAUUUAGAGUGGUGUAUGAAUCUGUUUUGGGUCACCGGAAGCUAUUGGGAACGUAGCUCCCGACCCCCAUCUCACACUACACCGUGGAUCAGACUUCAAGUUAAGAGCUUACGAAUAGUCUCCGAAGACAAUCAUGGGUCUCAGUUUGGGCGAACAGGCAGUAUCUCAGCCCUCUUGGUGCUUAUAAUGUACCAACUGUGUUUAUUAUUAUUAUUGUUCCCUUGGGUUCCUAGUGGAACAUAGGGCUUCAACUGCACGUCUCCACUAGCUUCUGUCUUCUGCCCUACUUUUCACCUGCAUCCAUGUUAGUCCAUACUGUUUCAACUCCUCAACUCUUCACACGAUCUCCUCCAUUUCACCCUUGGAAGUCCCACUCGCCGCUUCCCUUUCGGCCUGGUUCCACUCGAGCAAUGGCCUGACGCGCGCGCGAUGUCACCCAGCGGCCUCCUCAGCCACGAGUGUCCAAUCCAUCCAUCUCCACUUUCUCCUGCAUAUUUGUUGGGCGGCGAUUGGUUCUUGUUUUGUUUGUUCCCAGCCAUAGUUUCUUGUUGGUCAUUCUUUCCGGCCCAGCCAUCUGGUCUUCAGCAUAGAGCGAGGACAGUUGUUGAUGAAGGUAUGCAAUCUGUUGGAAAUAUUCUUUGUAACCCGCCAAAUUUCUAUCUGAUCUGUGUAGAAAAACUGACUUGACGUUUGUAUUGAUGCUGAGUGACGAAUAUUUUCAGAUUGGUUUCAGGUUGGUGAAUGUGUUUCUCGCCUUUCCGAUUCUCGCUCGAUUUGACAUCCUCGUCCGUUCCUCCUGUAGUUGAGACACUGCUCCCUAGAUAAGUGAAUGAGCUAACCUCCUUCAUAUUCCUCCCGUUGAUGGUGAUUCGCGUUUGAUGUUGUAGUUGUUGGUUGGUUGGUUAUUUUCAUCACCUCCGUCUUGUCUAUGUUUACUUGGAGUCCUGUCUUCGCCGGCUGCUUCUUCGACCAGUUUGUCGCUUUUCGCUUCUAAGUCUUCGAUUUUGUGUGACGUCUGUCUGUCUGUCCAGAAUAUCCCUGUCUUCUCGUUUCCCACUCACUGUCUGACGCAUAAUCCAGUCAGUCCACCACAAUUAGGAAUAUCAUUGUGGGUGAUAAUAAUCACCCUUGUCUGACUCCUGUGUUUACUCCAAAUGCCUCGCUGAGAGUGGGUUAUCCGUUGUGGAUCACUUGACAUGAGCCACCGUUGUCGUACAGCUGUUGAAUAAGGUUGAUGAAUAUUUGGGACACUGUACGCCGUAGUAGUCGAGUGGUUUCCAAAUUACUUCGCGGUCAACGCUGUCUGUCGAAGGCCUUCUCAAAAUCUAUAAAUUUGAGGUAGAGGUUUGAUUGCCAUUCCAUGCUUUGUUAUUUAUUUAUAUAUUUAGUAAGGUAAAAAUUCACUUGUGUCUCUCAGGGGAGUGCCUUGAAAAACUGUUCUCUGUUAAAGUGAUUACCAUAUAACGGUAAGUUAUUGUCUUCACUAUGCAUUGUAUAAUAAUACCUCGUAUAUCAGUUAGUGGGAUAAUGUUGUUCGUUAUCGUAAAAUUUUUGUAUUACGUGUUAUAUUUUCCUUUUUAUCCACUUCUUCAUUCCUUCAUUUUCCACAAAUUUAUGAACUUUGCCUGCCCAUCCUGCGCUUAUAUAAACCUAACAAGAGUUAUGACUAAUUAAUUAAUCACAUGUGUGUGUGUGUCCGUAUGCGUGUGCGCGUUAUGUUGGCGAGAUCAAUAUCACUUAUAUGAAGAGCCUUUGUGUAAUGUUAAUUAACUUGUUCAUUUAUCACAGGCUUUUUCUUCUUUUAGCGCCUAACUUUAACCUGUUCUUUUGAUAGUCUCUUACCUUUUUUUUCAUGAUUGCAGUGUUUCGGCACUCUUGGCUUUUUUUGGGAUCUUUUUUUCUUGAUUUAAUUAUGGGAAAACAAGUCUGUGUUGCUUUUUCUUCUUCGGCUUACUCUGUCUUGCACCCGUGUUGAUAAUUUACUGUUUUUGUUUUCAUUGUGUGGAGAAGCACAGUUGUUUCUGGCACAUUCUUAUGCAUACUUCAGCAUUGAGUUUUUCUCUCUCCUGUGCGCCUCAUACCAUAUCUCUCGUCGAAAUGACAAUGGGAUAUGUGGCGAUGAAUAGGAAGAUUUUUUGUCGUUGUAUCGUCUCUUGUUAUUUCAAGUUCCUUUUUGUCUGAUGAUUAUAUAGUUCCAAUUAAAUUUUAAUAAGAAUAUUUGCCUACUAGUCACAUAAAGUAUAGUUUUUGAACUACUUGAGUUUCUAUACUUCAUCGUUUUUGUCCGUCUGUCUGUUUGUUUAUUUUUCUUUCUAAUUCUACGUCUAUUUUCUUUAUUUUUUCUCUCUCUGUCUCUCUAUCUCUGAUAUUUUGAUUUUUAUUUUUAGACAACAGAAUCACAUUUUGGACUGGAACCUAGCCUAGAUACACAAACGCACAUAUACACUUCAUAUUUUCAAUCUUCAUUCGUUUCACCCUGAGUUACGCCUGUCUUCCCUCUGUGUGUGUGUGUGUGUGUGCGUGUCUCCCCCCUCCCUUUAUAUAUGUGUGCAUGUGCGUAGUGUAUCGGUGCUAGCCAGCCAGCCAGCCCGCCCGCUUGAGAAGUAUUAAACAAGCCUCCUUUUGAAGGAUGUGUACUUCAACAGCGACAAAAUUGUCUUUGUGUGUGUGUAUCCCUCUUCAUACACUUGCCCGCCUUCUCCCCUCUUAAUGCCCAAAAUGGUUCGUCGACGUCGUCAUCAUCAUCAUCAUCUUCACUACUGCUACUGUCGUUGGAAAGAAAGAAAGAAUGAAAGAAGAGGAGAACAGGAGACAACACUGAUAUCUGAAUAAAUUUAUCACUAUUUAUUAUUAUUAUUGUUUUUCCUUCUUAUGUUCUUCAUUAUGUAUGACAUAAUGAAUCUGCAAUUUACUCGUUUGUUUUAUGAAAUAUGAUUGUAAUGAUAACGAUAACAAUAAUAAUAAUGAUAAUUUUGGUUAUGUGUGUAUGUAAAUGUGUCUUUAUGUUCUAAGUUAUGUUGAUAAAGACUGAAGAGAGAUGUUAACAAAAAUAAUAAUGAUGAUGAUGGUAAUGAUAAUAUCAAUAAUAAAAUGUUCUUUCACCUCG